AUAGAGAAAAAACAAAAAAAAAAAAAAAAAAAAAAAAAGAGAGAAAAAAGAAAAAAUGUCCAUAAAAAAUAAGGAUUCAAAAAAAAUUAUCUCAGCAAUGUCCCUAUUGUUACUAUUCCUUUCUACAGUUGAAGCACAAGCUGUCUUUGAUAUAACCAAAUAUGGUGCUCAAGCUGACGAGAAAACAGAUUGUUGCGAAGCUGUAAUGUCUGCUUGGAAAGAGGCAUGUGCGGCAGGAUCAAGCAAAGUUUUGAUUCCGAAGGGAACAUUCUUGAUGGGCAUAGUGAAGUUGGAGGGUCCUUGCAAAGGAGCAAUGGAAAUCGAACUUCAAGGAACCUUGAAGGCUCCGGCAGACCCGAAAGCAAUCAAAGGAGAAGGUUGGAUCCCAGAUCACCAUCGAGAUCAUGUAGAUCAACUCACAAUAUGCGGAGGAGGUACUUUUGAUGGUCAGGGAGAAGCUGCAUGGAAGGCAAAUGAUUGUAAAAAUGGCGGAGAAGCACCUCCUAUGUCGUUAAUGCUAAAUUGCAUCACCAACAGCGUUGUGAAGGACGUGACUUCGCUUAAUAGCAAGAAUUUUCACGUAAAUGUCAUUGGAUGCGAAAAACUCACAUUUGAAAGGUUUAAAAUAGACGCACCUGGAACUUCGAUCAACACCGAUGGAAUACAUGUAGGACGAUCGAAAGAGGUCACUAUAAUUGACACAAACAUUGGUACGGGUGAUGAUUGCAUCUCUAUUGGUGAUGGGACAACAGAUCUGAAAAUUGAAAAAGUAACAUGCGGACCUGGCCAUGGGGGACUGGCCAUGGCAUCAGCCAUAGGGAAGUUUAGGGAGGUAUUAAAAAUUGAAGAACCUGUUUGUGGGGAGUCAACGUUAAAAAUUGCCCACAAUCACAAGGUACCGAUAAUGGCAGGUACCGAUAAUGGAGUGAGAAUUAAAUCUUGGCCUGGAAUGGAACCUGGCGAAGCAACUAAUAUUCAUUUUGAGGAUAUUGUAAUGAAUGAUGUCCAGAAUCCUGUCCUUAUAGAUCAAAUGUAUUGCCCUUACAAUCAGUGCCCGAGCAAGGACGCACCAUCAAAAGUCAAAAUUAGCGAUAUUACCUUCAAAAAUAUAAAAGGCACUACUACAACACCUAUUGCUGUUCAACUUUCUUGCAGUACUGGCCUCCCAUGCGAAAAAGUUGAACUUGCUGACAUCGACCUCGUAUACUCCGGAAGUGAAGGCCCUGCAAAAUCUGAAUGCACCAAUGUUAAGCCAACAAUCACAGGAAAGUUGUCCCCGGCUGGAUGUUAAGAUAAAAA